AUGAAACGCAUUAAACUUUUCUGGACGGCAUUUACAGCGAUGUUCUUUUACGAGAUCAUUCCUGCAUACAUAUUCCCCUUGCUCAACGGUAUCAACAUCGUUUGCCUUUCCACCCAGAAUGCCCCGGAAAAGACUCUCAAUUUUAUCACCAAUUUAUUUGGUGGGACGGAUGGGAAUGAAGGUUUAGGUUUCUUCAGCUUCUCGUUCGAUUGGCAAUAUAUUACUUCUAGCUAUAUGAGCUUGCCGCUGGUUCAGCAAGGUUUGUUAAAUCAUCAAGCUAACCCUCCAGUUUUAUUAACUCUUUCCGCUCAAGCAAACUCCUGGUCUUUGGCGUUCCCCAUGUUGUCGACGUCUAUCUUUUCCUCCAAUGGCUCGAUUUACCAACAAUCUGCUGUUUUUGGGACCAAUUUCCAGCUUAAUCACACUGCCCUUCAAGAAAUUGGUUUGCCUGCGUUGACUGGUUCGAACGCGUGGUCAAACUUGACGGCAAACCUCGCAAUUGGAGGUCUUGUUGCACAUGUAGUAUUGUUCUGGGGAUCCUACGCUGUCGAGUCAUUUAAACUUGCGUACAACAGGACUCAGCCAGACCCUCAUUAUCAGGCUAUGAAGAAAUACAAAGAAGCGCCAUGGUGGUGGUAUCUGAUCUUGCUCGUUUUGGCUUUCAUUGCUGGUCUUAUCGUCGUCUUCAAGGGCCAGACAACCCUACCAUGGUGGUCCUACCUGGUUGCAUUGAUUCUGGGCGCAUUCAUCACACCUUUCUCCAGUCUUUUAUUUGCUCGUAUGGGUAACGGUGUAUCCACCAAUCAACUUAUGAAGAUGGUGGCCGGGGCCAUCAAUCCCGGACGACCUGUCGCAAAUCUUUAUUUCUCAAUGUGGAGUCACGACGUUGUAUCUACGUCUAUCAACUUGGCCUCAGACCUCAAAAUGGGCCAAUAUCUGAAAAUUCCACCUCGUGUUAUGUUCCUCACACAAGUUUGGGGAACCAUUCUCGGAGCUGUUAUAAACUACGUGGUUAUGGUUUCAGUGGUGGACGCACAACGUGAAAUUCUUUUAAGUCCUACGGGAACGAAUGUUUGGAGUGGACAAUACCCACAGAGUCUGAACAGUGCCGCGGUUACAUGGUCUUUGGCAAAAGAAUUAUAUGGUUUCAACGGUCCUUAUUGGAUUAUUCCGAUGAGCUUGGUGAUUGGGAUGGUUCCAACCGCAAUUCAGUGGCUUAUCAACAAACGAUGGCCCAAGAUCGGCCCCAUCAAUGUUCAGAGUAUUAUGUUGCCUAUCAUUAUUCAGUAUUCGGCGUUUUUGUCAGCUGGAGUCAACUCUACCAUUACGUCCAGUAUUAUUGUAGGCCUCGUUUCACAGUUGUGGCUGAGGAAAUACCAUCCAGGAUGGUAUAAGAAGUAUAACUAUAUCCUCGGCGGUGCUCUCGACGGUGGUGCCCAGGUGAUGAUCUUCAUCCUGUCGUUUGCCGUCUUUGGAGCAGCCGGAACGGGGCGACCCUUCCCUAGUUGGGCUGGGAAUCCCAGUGUGGGCAAUGUUGAUUAUUGUAAUGGCAAUGGCGCGCUUGAUUGA